AUGUCUUCGAACAACCCCUCGGGAGGGUUCUCUCUCUUCCCCAACACAAGUGGUGGUGGUGCAACAAAACCACCAUCCAGGAAGACAACACCCCGACCGCGUGCUGGCACUCCGCAGUCACCAUCUCAAGGACGGGGUCCCUCAAUCGAAAUGACACCACCGCGCAACGGCCGUCGCACACCAGUGGAGGACCUCUCACAGUUCGUCAUCGACGGGUCACCACCACCACCGGCCAGCGGGCCCCAAAUGACCUCGAACAACCCAUACUAUCAAACCCACCAGGCAGGCCCCUCCGUGUCAAGGCCGGUGCCACCAGAGCACGUUCCGCCGCGGACAGACACCGCCUUCUCGGCGGCCAGCACACUCGUGCGGAAUCCCAGCGGGAGGUCCAGGAGCUCGAUCGCCAAACGGCCCUUCGAAGAGGAGCCCGAGUCUUUCCCACUGCCGCCAGAAGCGGGCCUGCGCUCGAUAUUCCCCCAGUACGACCACACGCUGCCCUUCGACCGGCAGGACUACUACCCCACGCAGACCAGCCCAAGCCACAUCCCGCGGAUGGUAAUCAGCCGCCAAUCGCACGUCCCGCAGCAAGUCGAGGUCGACAACCGCAGCCCGCCAGUCCGCAGUCCCGUACGGAGCCCGCUCAGCGCCGGGUCCGCCACGACACAGCAACAGCAGCAGCGCUGGCCGAGGCGGCCGCAGCAGGAGCCGCCGACGACGCCGGCCAUCAGCACGACGGAGGAGCUGCGCGACUACUGGAAGGCGGCGAGCGGAUGGCGGGCGGCGGGCGCCGAGGGCCGCACGUUCUGCAUGAAGCUGCUGCCCGAGCCCGAUGCGCCCGUCUACCACCUGACGAGCGCGAGCUCCCAGCCGCUGUACCACAUGCGCCUGGACCCGACGUCGGCGUCGGCGUACGUGACGCUCAGCCGGCACGACCCGGGCAAACCGUGCCGGGAGCGGGACCCGCAGCAGGCGGCCGCCGCGCCGCGGUCGUCGACGGGGCUCCUGGGCGCGCUGCGCGAGGCCGAUGGUGGCGGAAGCGGCUCCAACUCCAAGAAGCAGCGGCCCUGGCAGGAGGCCAUCGCCACGACGCUCGAGGAGCCGGCGCGCCGCCUGCCACCGCACGACGGGCUCGUGGCGCUGCUGUACCCGACGGCGGCGGCCAAGGUGGCGCUCGACAAGCCAGGCGACGUCGCGGCCGUCAUGGCCGCCGAGCGCGAGUGCGCGCGCCUGGUGUGGGACGACGACAGCGGCAACUACUUCCUCGUGCACCCGGCGCUGGCGACGCCCUUCUGCAUCACGGUGGAGCGCAGCCCGGCGUGGAGCCGCACCGAGUACGCCGUCGAGCACGUCGAGUCGCCGCGGCACCUCGCGCGCCUGACGCGCCACCACGGCGCGGGGGACGGCUGGGUCGAGCUCGACAGCCUCGUUGCCGGCCGCGUCGAGAGCUACUAUAUCCUCGACGUGGCCGUGUGCGCGCUGCUGCUCGUCGCGCACCUCGACGAGAAGAACGUCCUGAUCGAGCAGUUUGCGCCGCCGCCGGCCGCGCACCUGCGGAGCCAGUCGAGGUCGCUGUCCUCGCCAUCCCCCUCCCACCCCAACUCGCAAUUCGAUUUCAAUGGCCCGCCGACGCAACACGAGUCCUCCCACCACAGGAGUGGCAGCCGUCUGAGCAGCAAGAAGGACAAGAAGAAGAAAAGCAGCGGGAAGCGCAGCCGCCUCGAGGAGCUGGAGCUCGAUCUCGAGAGCCAGGCCAGCAGCCUCGGCGGCAAGCUGAGCAUCAAGGACAAGGACCGCGAGAAGCUGCCCGGGCCCGCGCGCACAGCCAUCAAGCUGCUGGGCUUCGCGUUCAAGUGCGUCAUCUGGUCGCUGACGCUGGCGUUCAAGGCGCUGAUGGCGGUGGUGGUGGGGUUGACGCGGUGUCUGACGAGCGAGAAGCUGUAG